AUGGGUCGUCUUCACUCCAAAGGAAAGGGUAUCUCUGCGUCCGCGAUCCCAUACUCGCGCACUGCUCCAACAUGGUUCAAGACCGCCCCAGAUCAAAUCAUCGACCAGAUUUGCAAGCUCGCCCGUAAGGGUGCUACCCCAUCUCAGAUCGGUGUUGUCCUCCGUGACAGCCACGGUGUCGCUCAGGUCAAGGUUGUUACUGGUAACAAGAUUCUCCGAAUCUUGAAGUCGAACGGCCUCGCCCCAGAAAUCCCAGAGGACCUCCACAUGCUUAUCAAGAAGGCCGUCGCCGUCCGCAAGCAUCUCGAGCGCAACCGCAAGGAUAAGGACGGAAAGUUCCGCCUCAUUCUCAUCGAAUCCAGAAUCCACCGUCUCAGCAGAUACUACAAGACCGUCGGUGUCAUGCCACCAACAUGGAAAUACGAAUCCGCCACCGCCAGCGCUAUGUUGGGCGCUUAA